CGAAACAUUUACGCUUCGGGAUCUCGACACAGUGUCGAAACGUCAGUUUCGCGGGAGCCAUCCCUAAUAAUCACACUGCGUGUUAUUUGUAUGCAUUUCAUGAGAAUGGACAUACACAGCGACCAGUAACUUACUUUUGCAGCGGGCACACCGGAGCAGACUUCAGCCAUUGUGACGGGGUUCAGCUUCGGCCCAGUUUUAAACCCUGCAUAUUUAAACAUUCCAGCUAUGGAGGGGUCUGAAGAGAACCCAUCUUCUGAUCUGCAUUAUAAAGUAAUUCUGCUCUGUAAAACAGGAACUGGAAAAAGUGCUACAGGAAACACCAUACUAGGAGAAAACGUUUUUGAAAAAAGUUAAGCUUUAAAACUGUGACGCAACAAGUGCAAAGUAAAAAUGUGUUGAGAGAUGGAGUGAACCUUACCAUUUUUGACACACCAGGAGUCUUUGACCCAGAAAAUGAAGAGAGCCCUGAAGUGAUGUUUAGAAAAGCUGGAUUUCCAGAUUUAGACUCAAAGGACCCAAUUGUGAUUCUGUUGGUGAUCAGACCUGACAGAUUCACUCCUGAAGAAAGGAAAACUGUUGAGGCUGUUGAAGAUUUUUUGCCAGAUUGGCUCUUAAAAAACACUUGGAUCAUUUUUACCAGAGGAGAUGAGUUGGAGAGGGAUGAUGCCUCAAUAGAAACAUUAAUAGAAGAUUCAGAGGCUCUGAAAACAGUUGUUCAGAAAUUUGAGAACAGAUACUUUGUCUUUAAUAAUCGUGCACAGGAUCCGGAACCUCAAGUGAGAAAAUUAAUAGCAGCCAUUAAAACUGUACAACCUAGAGUUCCAGAGACAAAGCCCUUUCUACAGAGACUGAUACCAGUUGAGCAUGAAGUUGACUCCAAUGAGAGAAGAUUGCUUCUCCUGGGGAGAACGGGAACUGGAAAGAGUGCAACUGGAAACACUAUACUGGGAGAAAAGGUUUUUCAGUCUGAGCAAAGCUUUAGCUCAGUAACACAACAGUGUGAAUUUCACAGAUCAGAUGUUUCAGGGAAACAGGUAUUAGUAGUUGAUACUCCUGGGUUUUCUGAUUUAACUUCAAGGCCUAAAGAUUUAGCAUUAGAAAUGGCAAACAGUAUUGUCCUCUGCAGUCCAGGUCCUGAUGCUUUCCUGUAUGUGGUGUCAGUAACAAAAAGAAUUGGCAUUGAAGAUGAAAAUGACAUUAAAAAUAUUGAAAGAAUUUAUGGAGAAGAAGUAUCAAAGUAUACAAUCCCUGUGUUCACCCAUUGUGAUCAGCUAGAGGGAAAGAGUGUGGAAGAUCUUAUCAAAGAGAACAAGGUGCUCAGCAAGUUUGUUCAGCAGUGUGGAGGGAGAUACCACAUCAUGAACAAUAAAGACAUCAGAAACAGAAAGCAGGUUACCAAAUUACUAGAGAAGAUUGAUCAAAUGAUAGAGGAGAAUGGAGGACACUACACCAAUGAGAUGUUUCAGUAUGCAAACAAAUGUAGACAAGACGCUUUGGUUAAGAGUAAUCUAAGCAGUGGUCAACACAAUGAAACAAAGGAAAGCUGGAUUAGGAGAGCUUGGGAAUUUGUAAAUAAACUCUUUAAUACAUUCAAGAAUCAUUUCAAUGCUGUAGCUUGCCUAAUGUACUCAUUAGCUUGCAGGAUUAUUGAUUGUUUUUCCAGUGAACGGCGAAACCGUGGUUAUACAUCACUCCCAAGCACAGAAAUAUUCACAGACACGAAGCCCAAAACAAUGUAAUGAGUUAGUAAAUCCAACUGAAUCUUUGACACUAAAAUUUACAACUGUGGAAUAAUCUGACAGUCGUGACACGAUCUGCUGACUCUGUAGCUGUCUUUAAGACUUGGCUAAAAACCCAUCUCUUCCGCCAUUACCUCACUUCCUAAUAACGGACUUACUGUCUUUCUCUAUUUUUUCUUUCUCUUUAUUUGUACAUUUCCUUAAAAAAUUGUACUAACCAACCCUUGGCUAUGUAUAUACUUGAUGAGACUAUUUCCAGUGCACUUAUGUAUUGCUGUUCUUGUGUUGCUAUAAUUGCUUCUAUUGUUUACCUCACUUGUAAGUCACUUUGGACAAAAGUCUCUGCUAAAUGUAAAUGUAUUGCUGUCUGGGCUGUUUGCAUCCCAUAACCCCAUAUCUGUCAUGAGCAGACCACAGAUAGUUCUUUAAGUUUUUUAUGUAAGCUUCAGACGAUGAUGGAUUACAAGAUUAAAUAAAAAACACCAAAAUAUAUGUAUAUGCCUAAAUAGAGUACAACUGAAGUGAAUACCAAGUGAAUUAGUGGUGUGCCAUCGAUAGCCUUGAGAAGCACACUUUACACAAACAAGUGUUUGUUUUUGUUCUCUCCCUCUUUUCUGCUAUCUGUCUCCUCAGAUCCCUGCCAUUGAACACCUUUCCUGUAAUCGUAUUUAUCCCAUGUUACGUCACGGAUCAACCCACCAAUCAACACCCGGUCCUGCCUAUUUAAACCUGGCACCAUUCAUUCAUGCCAGUUUGUUUGAACUCUGUUGUUAUUGAUAACUUUUCUGCUGAAUUGCCUUACUGUGUUGCUUUUCUUUUGUAAGUCACUCGUUUUGCAUCUGUACAUUAAUGUUCAUUCAUUCUGUGUUUUUGUGACUUUGUUAAUAUUGGGGAAAGUGGACAGGUAAGUACGUCAUGUGACAUACAUUGUGCAACACAUAGGGAAUCAUUACUGUUUUAAACACACUAGGUUAGGAGCGUGUGCCACCCUCUGUACGUUUUGUGUUUGGGUACGUAGGGUGUCAUUCGACGCUGAGAAUUUAUCUCCUUACCUUUCCUUUGUAGCUUAGGUUAGUUAGAGGGUUAAAAUUUAGUUAGAGGGGUUUUGUUUUGUUUAUUUCUUUAAUUUGGCACCACUCGUGUCCCUUUCCCUUUUGUGUUUUUGUUAAUUGUUAUUGUAAAUAUUGUUAUUUAUCACUUGUUUUUCAUUAUCACUUUUUCACUUGUCACCACCACUUAACACGUGUAUAUAAA